CAUAAAAAAUUAAUAUUUUUCAUGUUAUUAUACAAUUAAUCCACAAAUUGUGUUGAAAAUGUUAUGUGAUUAAAUGUAAUUUAUUAAAAAAAAAAAACUAUCAUAAUGAGAAUAAAAUAGAUUUUCUGUGUUUGUUUGCCCUUUUUUGUUUUUUCUGUUUUUUUUUUUUUUUUUUUGUAAAAAGAAAGCAAAUUGAACAGCAAGAAGAAAAACAAUUUUUUAUUAAAAAUGGAUCGAUUUCAGAAUAAAGCAAUGUGUUUUAUACCACCAACAACAACAAAUCAAAAUAAUCAAAAUAAUUUUAAUAAUAGUGAUUUUAAUUUAAAUAUUGAAAUAAAACAAGAAAUUCCUGAUAUCGAUUUUGAGGAAGAAAAAAUUGAAGAUACCACCACAUACGAUGAUGGUUAUCACUCAAAAUGCGGUGAAAUAUAUAUAAGUAAUAUAAAUAAGGAAUUCUCCUUUUAUUGUAGUUUGUGCAAUGCAAAUUUUAUAAAUUUUAAUUUAUUUUCACGUCAUAUUUUAUAUGGAAAUCAUGGAACUCAAUUAUCCUUUUUGAAUAAUAAUAAUAAUAUUAAUAAUAUUAACAAUAACAAUAAUAAUAAUAAUCAACUACUGCAAUUUAAUAGAGGAAAAGAUAUUAAAUCAAUUAAUAGAAAUACUUUUCAACAAUCUAAUAUAAAUGAUAUCCCAAAUAUAUCAUCACCUACGGUAUCAUUUAAUUCAAGAAAUUUUCUAGAUAUUGAUAAUACAAGAUCAAAUCGUAUUUUUCAUGAAUCAAUAGACUUUAAACCAGAUAAUAUUGAAAAUAUCAAAAAUGAUUUGGAGCCAGCAAAAUGUCGCAUAUGUUUUAAAGCCUUUCAGUCAAACCGUGACUUAAGAGCCCAUUUUCAAAUAUGUCAUACGAGCGAUAGGCAACCAAAUUUAUACAAACAAACACAAUGUGAAAAAAAAUCGAAUUCAAAUCCUUUAAACAACGUAGUUUCGGUUGCAACAUUUUCACUAGCUGUCUGUUCGACACCAAGUAAUAAUCAGAAUUCUAAUCUUGGCAGAUCUGAAAAUUUUUCUCGUGAAAAUAGAGAGUUCGGUAGAAUAAAAAAUGCUCCUGAAAAUAUUCGUGUUAAAUCAUUUUCAAGUUUAAAGCAGGACACAGAUCCUUUAUCACUUACUCCAUCAUUGUUGUCAGCUACAAAUCAAGACAAAACAACACCUAGAUUUGCUUCGAAAGCAACAACGCCACUUAUAAUAUCCAAAACUAAGGGCACUUAUUCAUCUUCCAAUAAAUAUACAGGAUCUGCAAUUACUCAUGAUACGCAGAAAGUUUCAAUUAUAAAAGCAUCAGCAACUAUUGCUGAGAUAGCUAAUAAUGAAAGUAAUGAAGAUGCAAACUCUAGCGGUGGGUCUGAUCAAUUACCUGGACAUUGUCCUUAUUGCCCAGUAAAAUUUCAAAAGAUGAAGUAUAUUAAUUUUCACUUACAAAAGUAUCAUCCUGAAAAAAUACAAGAAAACGAAAACAAUAUAAAACAGUCAGAAAACUGUUAUCAAUGUGAAAUGUGCAAUAAACUUUUUAGAAGGCUAGAUUUUUAUAAAAAACAUAUGAGGAAACAUCCAAGAAAUAGACAAAAAUUCCGUACCAGUAAAGUUUCCGAACCACUUUUAAAUGAAAAUGAAAAGGAUCAAAAUGAAAAAAUCAUUAAAAUGUCUGCUGAAAUUGUAAAGGAAAAAAAUGAAGUUAAUUUUUCAGAAAUCAAUGAAGUUAUUCCAAGCAAUUCAAAUUCUGAGUCUGGCAAAAUAACUGAAAAACCAACUGAAACAGUAGAGCACACAGAAAUCAAGUGUAGAACACGAAAAAGACUGAAAUGCCAAUAUUGUGGUAAAAGUUUUUUGAAACUAAAUCACCUACUAUUACACGAGCGAAAGCAUAAGCCAAACUGUUCGGUUAAAUGUCGUGUUUGUGAAGAAAGAUACUGUUUUAGAGCCGCUUAUGAUAAUCAUAUGAAACAAAUUCAUCCAGAUACAGAAUAUCAGCUAAAUGAUAACGAAAUUAAAAUUUUAACAUGGCCAAAACUCUCAGUGUCAGAUUUGAAUUCCACAAAAUGUGACGAUUUUAUUUUACCGGAGGAAGAAAUGGAAACUUCAGUGAUAAAUAAAAAAAAUUGUAGGUUUUGCCCUAAAAUUUUCAAAACUGUUGAAUAUCGAAUAUUGCAUGAAAAAGCACAUACUGGAACUGGAAAUUUCACUUGUAAAUAUUGUGAACAGAAGUUCAAUUCUAUUGGUACUAUGUGGUCACAUCAGAGAAAUUGUCCAAAAAAAUUUGAGGAAAGCAAUCAAGCUUCUGAAUUUUGGCAAAAUUAUGAAAAUCGGUUGCGUACAGCACAAGUAGAAAACGAAAUAACAAAAAAAAGUAACGAAACGGAACUCGUUCAACCUUGUGCUGAAAUUUCAAAAGUAAAUUUUGAAAAUAAGGAAUUAAAAUCGUGUUUUAAAUGCACAUAUUGUAAAAGACUUUUUAGAAGGAAAGCUAACUGGUUACACCAUGUACGAAAACAUACUGGAGAAAAAUUUGAAUGCAAUAUUUGUGAUUAUAAGACAACCAGUCCAUUUUACUUGAAAUCACAUAUCAUGAAAAUACAUGAUUAUAGUAAAGCCACCAAAAAUACUGUGCAGGAUCUGAGGAAAGAUCCAACAAGCGAGGCAAACCUUAACACUGCAAUUGAAGCAGCAACGAAAACAUCAUUGUUUAAAUCGAAAUUGCUUUUACAAACUCUAGCUAAAUUUGACUCUAUUACGUCUGAAGAAAAGACAGAAAGCUUCAAACGUCUAAAACUAUUUAAAUGUAAAUUCUGUAAUGAAGUGUACACUAAAAAACAUAAUCUCGAAGAACAUUUAAGAGUACAUCUCAAAAGUAAACAAAUCAGUAUUUUUGAUUUAUACAAAUGUAAAUAUUGUAAUUUACGUUAUAAAGUAAAAUAUCAGGCUUUAUUACAUGAGAAGAAACAUCGCAAACAGAAGUUAGUUGAAUGCAACUUAUGCGCAAAGAGUUUCAAUAAAUAUUACAUUCAUUACCACAAAAAGAUUCAUCAUGAUUCCAGAAUAAAGCUAUCACAUCCCCCCAAGUUAUUGAAAGACAUUGAUGGAAAAGAAAAAGAAGAGACAAAAACAGAAAAUAUACUAGUAUUUGAAUGUAAUAUUUGCAAAAAGAAACUCGAUUCCGCUGACUUACUUAAGAUACACGUCAAUAUUGACCAUAAAGAAUCGGAAAGUACAAGCGAAAAUCCUUGCAGCAAAGUGCCAUUGUUACUGUCUGUAAAGUCGGAGGAAUCGGUUACACCUUUGUCGGAACAAAUUACAAACUCAGAAGAAGUAGAGGGAAAUUGGACCAAAAAGGAAAAAUGCAAAAUAUGCGCCGAAAUUUUUGAUUAUCAUUACUUAGCUACACAUAUGAGAACUCAUACUGUUGACAAUAAGCCAUUUAAAUGUGAUGUUUGUCCUCGUACUUUUAGAUUUAAAAGUAGUUUGAUACGACAUUCAAUAACUGUUCACACCAAAAAGAAAAAAGAAAAGAAAAAUAAUAUGGAUGUUAGCACACUAUCUGGAAAGGAGUCCCUUUCCUCAUCAGCAAUAAGUUCAGCUCCUGUAAAAAAAUCUAAAAAAAUUACAAUACGUACAUUAAUUAAGGACAAAAAAAUACCAGUUGUAAAUGGACCACCCUUUAAAUGUCCCCAUGAGGGUUGUCGGAAAUUUUUUGGAAGGCGACUGGGGUUCAAUAAACAUUACUUAUUACAUUUGGACACUUUUAAAUGCAAAUUUUGUAAUCGCUGCUUUCAGACAAGAAAAGUUCUUCAAAAGCAUAUAAAUUUUCACACCGAAAAAUUGCCAUAUAAGUGUAAAAUAUGCUCCAAAGCAUUCCCAGUUAAGCACGCACUAAUUUGGCACAAACGUAGAAAUAAUUGUGAAAACCCCUUGGCUGAGGAAUCUAAAGUUUCAUACGAUUGUGAGCGCUGUAUGAAGUCUUUUAUAACAAAAUCUACGCUUAGGCAACACAUAUUAGAAAACACGUGCGAAUUCACGAAAAACGAAGCUAAAAUUGCGACAGUGCCAAGCGAAGUACAAAUCUCAGUAAAAGAAGAAAAUGUAACGAUUGUUGAAACAAAACUAAAAUGCGAGAGUUGUGGUGAAGUUUUUUUGAAUUCAUGUGAUUUAUCUAUACACUGUAAAAAAGCAAAUUGUGUUCCUAAAGCUAUAACUACUGCGUUAUCAGAUUUGAAAGAAGACAAAAAACCUGCAACAAUGAAUCUGCCAACUGAAACUUGUGAUGUUGUGCAGAAGAUUCCUCCAAAAUGUAAAUGCGAACUUUGUUUUAAGGCUUUUGAUACUAAAAUCGCGUUAUCAUGGCAUAAGCGUAGAAGAGUUUGUGAAGUACCAAGUGACUUUUUGUGUGAAUAUAGGGUAGAUGAGUCGAAAGAAACCGAAAAUAAAAGUGUAGUAGUUCACAAGACCGAAAAAUUAGAAGGAAUUCAAGAAACAAAAUUAGAAAAGGAAACCCAAAAUGAAGAGCUACAUUGUGAAACAGCAGAGGAGAUCAAAAAGGAGCAGUACCAAUGUGAAGUCUGUUUCAAAGUUUUCGUUGUUAAAGGAUUUUUGCUAAGACAUAUGAAAUAUUAUCAUCCACCUUUGGUAGAAAAAGAUGUUGUAGAAAUUAAUAAUGAAACUGAAAUUAAUGAGAACGAGAAUGAAAAUGGGGUUGAAAGUGAAGAAAAUUCGAAUAGAAGAUCUACUCGCAAAAAAGUAGAAAGUGAGACCACUAAAUUUCAGUGUCAAAUAUGUUUAAAGAAAUUUGAAACAAAAGGCCUUCUAGCUGGUCAUACUAGAACGAAAGCUUGUUUUAAAUCUAGCAGUUGCAUGUCUACAUUGAGGGCUCAAAAGCAUCCAAUAAAGGAUGGCGCAAAUGCUGUUAAUAAAUGUAAUCUUUGCAAUAAAGUAUUUGCUAAUGAAGGUUUUCUAACCUUUCAUGUGCGAAAUCAAAUAUGUAUUCUUAAGAAAGAUUACAUAAAAAUCCAGCCUGAUUUACAAAAUUUAAAUGAAGAGAAUUUAUUGAAUAAAUCAGAUUACCAAUUAGAUGCGCAUUUAAAUAAAGAGCCUGUACUUCACACAAUUACGGAACUGAAAGCAAAUCAAAUUCCAGAAAGUUUAAGUGUUCCAGAAUCUAAAAUAGAAAGUAAAAAACGUUUUACUUGUAAAAGGUGCAAUAAAAUUUUUUCUACCAAGGUUGAAUUAGCUUGGCACACUAGGAGAAGAGAAUGUUUUUAUAAACGAAAAAAAUACAAAUUAAAAACCGGACUUAGCGUAAAUCAACACGCAUCCAAGAUUAGAAAAAAGCUAAUUGAUGGUAUUGUCAGUUUUCGCAAGAUUAGUACAGAGCGAAAAAUUUUGCAAAAGAAAGUUUAUAAGGCAGCAAUUCAAGUUUAUAAAAAGAACAAAAGCGUUGCCGAUAUGGCGAAUAAAUAUCAUAUAUCUAAAACCGUAAUAUACAAACGAAUCAAUGCCCUCAAAGAAUUGAAUGUAGUUCCUGUUGAUUCCAAUAAAACUAACCUGAUGAAAGUAGAAAAUUUUAACACAGAUUUAGCAAAUUUAGAAAAGCAGGAGAACGGAGGAAAUGAUAAAGAAGCUGAAAAAGCCAAUGUAGAGCCUGACAUUGGUGCAAUUGCCACCGAUACCAAUAAGGUAUUACCAAAAAUUGAUUUGACCGUUCUUCGUAAUGAAAAAGAUAAAAACAUGGUAAGAGCAAUUCGAAAUUAUGUCAGAGAUAGAAAAAAAGGUCGUAAACUUCCGCAAAGAUUUUAUUGUGACAGAUAUCAAAUUCGGAAAAUCCAUUUUUACAGAAAAUUGUUUAAAUUAGGUUUAGUAAGAAAAAAAGGGCCACAAAAGCGAGAUUCGGAUAACAUUUCGGCAAUUCAGGAAACUCAACGUAGUUUUAACAUCCCAAAAAUUGAAGUAGAAAAGCAAAUACUGCAAGAACAAGGAACUCCUCCAAUUGCAAUUUCUUCUCAAACAACUAGUAUUGUGAACAUAAGUGAACAACCUCAUAAAGGAAAAAGAGGUAGGUUACCUAAAUGUUCAGAAGAAACAGUUAGAAAAGCUGUAAUGGAAUAUAGAAUGGGGAAAGGCACGCAAUUGCAAUUAUGUGAAAAAUAUAAUGUGGGCAUAUGCGCAUUUCAUCGAAUGAAAAAAAUAUUGCUAAAUGAACUUCCCAAUUUGGAGUCUCAACUAGAAAAGAAAGAAGAAGUACAAGAAACGCAAAUAAAUGAUGAUGCAAAAGUGGAACCAACGCCCAUUGUUGACUCUACAUCUUCCGCAAGUAAAACUUUAGAUGUUAACAUAUCAGAAAAUAUCAGUCACUCAGCGGAUGAACCUUCACUUAAAUCUCAACUUUAUGAGGAGUUCAAAAUUCAUAAACCUAAACGUAAAGUUAAAAUGAUGAAUACAGAAGAUCUUAAAAGGAGACGACAGGCGGUUAUGGACGUUUGUGGAGAUUUAAUGGUUAACCGAAAAUCUAAAUAUAAUAUACCCGGAACUAAAGAAAAUGUUAUUUUAAUGGAUGCAAUAGGUGACGUUGUACAUGGUAUUAGAUCCUUUUCAAAUGCCGUGAAACAUUAUAAAAUAUCAUUUUACACUUUGCAAAGAUAUUUGGACAAAUAUAAUGAAAGAAUCAAAAACAAAAAAAAAACUGUUACAUUUCAGGAAGGGUCAGAUCCUGGAAAAAAUACUUCCGUCGAAAACGAAAAUAGGCUUUCUUGUACGACAGAUAACAAUAAUGAAAAUAAAACUGAAAAUCCUACUGAAAACAUCAACGAAAAUCCAAUGAAAAAAGAAGACACCAUUUCAUCUUCCUCUUCUUCAUCGUCUUCUUCGUCAACUUCAUCACAUUCAUCAACAGAAAGUUAUAGCAGUGAUUCGACUGAUUCUGAUUCUGAUACUGAUACCACGAGUGAAAAUAACGAAAAUAUAAAUGUAAAGAAAACUAAUGAUCCUACAGGGAAAAAUAUAAUUCCAAAUAUAUCAAGUAGUUUAAAACAACAGCAAAGAAUUGUCUUUGAUCCAACUACAGGACAAUACAUUGUCAAGAAAAAAUAUGAAGGAAGAGGUGGAAAAGGAAAAAUCCGGCAAACUGUUUAUUCUAAACCAGGAACAAAGGAAAAUACAGUUUUAAUGGCAGCUAUCAAUGAGAUAAGGACAAAAGGAGAAAGUAUUGGUUAUGUUGCCAAAAAGUUCCAAAUUUCUAUACAAACUGUAAACAAAUACAUAAAUCUAUUUGAAAAGCAAGGCAUUAUUCCCAAGUUUACUGGUCAAAGAGCAAACGAAUUGGAAUUUGUGCGGGAUAACAAUAAUUUGGCAUCAACUAUAGAUUCAGAACCCAAAAGUAUUGAGAAAACUGAAGUUCAAAUACAGUGUACAAAUCCCAUAAUCAAUACAAAUCCACCCAUAGCUGGAAAUACUUUGAAUGAAAAUACAUCUAAAGAAGAAAUUAAAAAUACUGGAAGCGGCAAUUUAGCUAAUAUUCUAAAAUUCCCGGAAAUUCAUCCAGUUGUUGAAAAAGAUUGUUUAAAUCAAAACAACAAUGUGAAACAUUUAGAACAUUGUUUCCCAACACCUAAUAUUGGAAGUCAAUUGAAUAUCAAUGUUUCACUUCAGAAAAAUGUUGCUAUAGAUUUGACAGGAGGAAAUAAAACUGAAGUUGAACAAAAUGUUUUAAAAGAGAAUUCUAUUAGUUGCACUAAAAAUGAAAUGGAAAAUAUUAAAGAUCUGAUAAGAAAACCAAUUUACAUAACUCAAAAAAUGUCGUCUGUCCAAAAUACAGCAGUUGAUAGUACGAAUGAUAAAAUCAUUGUAGGUGGAUUAUUAACAAAACCAGUUGAAAAUUUACAAAAAGAUCAUAGAUUAGUAAAAAGCACUAUUGAAAUAAGAAAACCAACGUACUUAACACAAAAACCUUCCACUACGGUUGUCCAGUGUCCUGAGAUAAAACCGAUACCUUCUUCUGUUGACUCAAAUUCUAUAGCUAGCGUGAUUUCAAAAAUAUCAGAACUAAAUAAAUGUCCAGUAAUAAUAAAAAAUGUUACAGUACCAGAUUACAGCCAAAUUAAAGUAGAAACACGUAACCCGAUUAUAUCACAAAUACUUAAACCUACCGAAAUUGCACAAAAAUCAUUUUUGCCAUUCAUAGAGAAAUCUUCAUUUUCAGGUGAUAUUUUAGGAAUGAAUCAAAAUCCAAAAGAAAAUGACAAAAUAAAAGAAAUACAACAACUGCCAAAUAAAUUUACGGGAAAUUUGUCCGAAAAAAGUGUUACGGAUAUUAUUAACAUUAGUAGUGAAACAAACAAAAAAGAAAAAUGUAUUACUCAACUUGAACAACAUCAAAACAUAAAAAUUCGUAAACCAACAUAUAUAACACAAAAAUCAGUUUGUCCUCCUAUUAAAACUAUUUUAGAAAGUGGACAACACAGUGAUAAACAAAGUAUAACAAUACAACCUGUCCAGAAACCACCAGAACAAAUAAUUCAAAUAACAUCGACUACUACAUCACAUUUGCUAUCACAAAAGCAACAUUCUUUAAAUUCUAACGAAAACAAACUUGGUAUAUUGCCAUCAUUGGCAACGUCAACAUCUUCACCAAUUAUAUCUCGAAAAGAUGUGGUGAAAAUUGGUUCAUGUCAUCCAUCCACAACCAAAUGUAUGAGGUUAACGGAUAUUCCAUCGGAAUCGAAUGAAGAUGAUUUAAUAAUAGAACAUGCAAUGCGUAGUCUUUUAGAACAAGAUACUGAAUUAGAAAUAGGUAAUGCAGAUUCUACAACGGUUGCACAUAAAAGUCAAUCCACAAAAACAUUAUGCAAUACAACUCAAAAAAGUGAUGGAAAUAGUGAUAGAAUUGUUUUAAAAACAAGCACAAAAUCAUUGACUCCAACCUGCAAUACUUCAAAGGAUUCUUCAAAUUUUAAUACACAGCGUUUAUUUGAUUCAAAAGAUUCAAAUUUUAAAUCCAGUUGAAAAAAUUUUUCAACAUAAAUUUUACUUUUAAAAAAAUAAGAUUUUCAUAGAAAACAAUAAGAUAAAUAAAUACAAUUAAGUUUAUUAUAAAAUUAAUAAAUAGCUAAAAUAUAUUAUGUUCUUUAAAUGUAAUAAUAAUUUUUAAGAGAUAUUUGAAAAAAAAAAAGUAAAUUAUAUUAAAGUAAAACUUCUUUCUUAAAUAUAUGUAAUCAUAUAUUGUAUAACUAUA